AUGUUUGUCAAACCUUUUGUACUUGCAUUUCUAGCCCAGGGGGCCAUGGCCAGUGUCUGGUUAGCUGGUGUGAAUAUCGCUGGAUUUGACUUUGGCUGCGGAAAUACACAAGGAGUAUACACUGCCUCCGAGGUGACGCCGCCGCUGGCUUCUCAAGGAGGAGCUGAUGGGGCAGGACAGAUGGCCCAUUUUACCAGCAAGUAUGGGCUUAACGUAUAUCGUCUUCCCGUUUGCUGGCAAUAUUUGGUGAACAACAACCUUGGAGGCACACUUGAUGCAAACAACUUUGGCAUCUACAAUCAGCUGGUGCAGGCUUGCUUGAAUACAGGAUCUUAUUGUGUCGUCGACAUUCAUAACUAUGCCCGUUGGAAUAAUCAGAUUGUAGGCCAGUCGAGUGGUGCGGUGACUAGUGACCAACUAGCCAGCGUAUGGUGGCAGCUGGCAGCAAAAUAUGCCUCAACAUCCAAGGUUAUAUUCGGGGUGAUGAAUGAGCCUCAUGACCUUGAUAUUACGGGAUGGGCAACUAGCGCUCAAGAGGCCGUCACAUCCAUCCGCAACGCCGGUGCAUCGUCCCAAAUGAUUUUGCUUCCGGGUACCAGCUAUACAUCUGUUGGCGGCUUUAUCUCAGACGGCUCUGCUUCGGCUCUUAGCUCCGUGAAAAAUCCCGAUGGCAGUACUACCAACCUGAUCUUUGAUGUUCAUCAGUAUCUGGAUUCGGACGGAAGCGGUACGAGCACUACGUGUUCAACCAACGGAGUCGGUAACCUCAACACGCUUGCAACUUGGUUGCGCAAUAAUGGAAGACAAGCUUUCCUGACAGAAACUGGCGGCGGAAGCACUGCUUCUUGCUAUACAGAUCUUUGUGCUGAGUUGGACUGGAUGAACUCGAAUGCUGAUGUUUAUCUUGGAUGGAUCGGAUGGGCAGCUGGGUCGUUCGACACUAGCUAUGCUCUUUCCUUGACUCCUACGUAUGCAAAUGGAGUCUGGACAGACACGGGAAUCCUGUCAAACUGCGUGGCUGGAAAGUUUUGA